AUGUCGCAGCCAUCAAAACAACUACACCUUACCGCUUUCAUGCGGCCAGUCAGUCUCCACACGGGAGCAUGGCGGUUCCCGGGUGCCUAUGCAGACGCCAACUUCAACCUGGCGCACCUCAAGUCAUUUAUUCAGAAACUCGAGGCCGCCAAGUUCGACGCCUUCUUCAUGGCCGACCACCUCGCGGUGAUGAACAUGCCCACGGAGGCGCUGAAGCGCAGCCACACCAUCACCUCGUUCGAGCCCUUCACACUCCUGUCGGCGCUCUCACAGGUGACGGACAAGAUCGGGCUGGCGGCCACGGCGUCCACCACGUACGACGAGCCAUACCACAUCGCGCGCCGGUUCGCGUCCCUGGACCACCUCAGCGGGGGGCGCGCCGCCUGGAACAUUGUCACCACGGGCAACCCGGAGUCGUCCAAGAAUUUCAGCAGGGAGGAACACAUGGAGCACGGCGACCGGUACAAGCGGGCGAGGGAGUUCUACGAUGUCGUGACGGGGCUGUGGGAUAGUUUUGCGGAUGAUGCACUUGUUCGGGACCAGAGCUCGGGAAUCUAUGUCGACCCUGAAAAGAUACACACGCUCAACCACGUGGGUGACGACCUGCAGGUCCGUGGGCCGCUGAACAUUGCCCGCCCUGUGCAGGGCUGGCCUGUCAUUGUGCAAGCUGGACAGUCGGAGCCCGGAAGACAGCUGGCGGGCGAGACAGCCGAGGUGGUGUUCUGUCUGCCAGGAAACUUGGAGGCUGCCAAGGAGUUAUACAAAGACCUCAAGGGCCGCGCCGAGAAGGCAGGUCGGAGCAGGAACCACAUCAAUAUCCUGCCAGCCGCCAUGGUUAUUAUCGGCGACACCGUCGAGGACGCAAAGGCCAAGCGUCUACAGCUGGACAGCCUCGUGCACUAUGACAGCGCCAUCGCCUCGCUCUCGGUGGUGCUGGGCACAGACGUCUCUGGUCUCGACCCGGACGGCCCGCUCCCCAAAGACCUACCCGAGACACAGGGAAGCCGCUCGGCCCGUGCCAGCGUGCUGCAGCUUGCCGAAGCCGAGGGGUUUACGGUCAGGCAGCUUGCACAGCGGUUUGGAGGGUAUGGCGGGCUGUCGUUUGUGGGGACUGCCGAGAGCGUGGCCGAGGAGAUGGGCACCUGGCUUGCUGAGGACGGGGCUGACGGGUUCACUGUCAUUUUUCCCUUUGUGCCGCAGGGUUUGGAUGAUGUCUGUGAGAGGCUGAUUCCCGAGCUGCAGCGCCGUGGUCUGUUCCGGACCGAGUAUGAGGGAACCACCUUGCGUGAGCAUCUUGGCCUACCGAGGCCUAAGAACCGCUUCUUUGAGCCAGCGUAGUCUGUUGCUGAUCCAGUCAGUCAUGCUCGAAUCAAUCUCUUGACCU